UACUUCACUUUUAUGAAACAUGUCAAUGAUUUUUUACAUUUCUUCAUUGGUUCCUUUGUUUAUAAUCAUAAAAAGUUUUGUUUUUAGUCAGACCUGCAAAAUACCCAAGGAAGAAAUGUUCCGUUUGUCAAGAAAAGGCACUUGCCCUUUUUCUGAGAGUAUUAUCUACAAUGCAACAUACCAUUCAAGUAUUGAAUGUUCUUUAAAAUGCUUACAAGAGCCACUUUGCGCUGGAAUCAAUUAUAAAAAAUUUGUUAAUGAAGAUAUAAAUUGCCAGUUGAUACAAAAUCUUGACAGUUAUCAUAAAGAUUGCAACAAUAAAGUCUGGAAUUUGUAUGAAGUUAUAAACUUCCAAAGAAAAGCAAGAAACUGCAAGGAAGUUCAGCAGCAAACGUACAUCUGUAAAAAUGGUGAAUACGGUCUGUACAUUUCAAAUGAUCAGAAAACUCCAGUGAAGAUUUACUGUGCUGAUAUGGACACAGACAAUCCAUUGGAAUAUAUAACACUAGGUACUGGAAACUACGCAAAGCAUUUUAACUGGACAAUGGGCUAUCAUGAUAUAUUGGAGAAAACCAUAUUUGAAAAGAUCCGUAUCCGUCUUCCAGAUCUAAGAGUAGACCUUUACGAUUUCAAAUUUGCUAAAAGCACUGCUCCAGGAGUAUUCCAUCCAUAUGGAAGUGCAGGUGAUUGUAAAACGCUCUAUUGCAAACAUCCUUCUGGAAGCUUUAGCGUAAACCUGACUGGAACAAAUUUCAAGUUGCCCUCGACUAUACAAUAUAAAUAUAUAGCGUGGCGACCUUGUGCAAGAAAAGUGUUUACCCCCCAAAUGGAUGAAGCAAAACAAGUGUGGACUGGGGCUUGUGGUUGUGAUUGUGGAAAUUGUACUCCCAUUGCAUUAAAAUUAAGUGUUAACAACUAAAAAAUGAAGAAUUGAAGAC